AUGUCCACCCUCGACCCCGGCGCAACCGUCCUCGUCACGGGCGGCAACGGCUUCAUCGCCGCCCAUGUCAUCACCACCCUCCUCCGGCAUGACUAUAACGUCCGUGCGACGGUGCGCUCCAUGGAGAAAGCAGAGAUCGUUAGGAAGAGUUUCGUUGCCGCGGGCGUUCAGAAUAUGGAGCAGUUAAAAUUCGUCGUUGCUACCGACGAGGAUCUCACCGUCGACUUUUACACUUCCCUCAUGGCUGGUUGCCAGGCGGUCCUGCAUCUUGCGUCGUCGUUUAGUUAUGAGGCAAAACCUGGUCAAUUUGAGGAGAAACUUAUGGCACCCGCUGUCAAGAUGACGGAUGUUAUUUGUCGCGCUGCGAGUAACGCACAGUCUGUGCGCAGGGUUGUGGUUAUGUCGAGCUUUGCUAGUGUUUAUGAUGCUAGUCUUGGGUUGCAGCCUGGUCGAGUGUAUACUGAGAAGGACUGGUGUCCGCUUAGUUAUGAGGAUGGGGUUAAUGCGGAGGCUGCGCCCAUCGCAUACCGUGCCUCAAAGGUGGCUGCGGAACGCGCUGCGUGGGACUUUGUUCGUGAGAAGCGACCGCAUUAUGAGCUCGUCACUCUGUGUCCUGGCAUGGUCUUUGGGAAGAUGAUCCACGGCAUCAACUCCCUCUCCGACCUGAAUGCUAGCAACCAGAUUGUCUGGAGCGUGUUGAAGGCUGGUAGUGAUGGGGAAGUCCCUCCUACCAAGGCUCCUGUCUGGGUCGACGUCGAGGACCUAGCCGAGGCAACCCUGCGAGCGGCGACCUAUGAGAAUGCCGGCAACAGGCGGUUCCUCGUUACGCACGGGUCGUACGAUACGCAGGAGAUCGCAGAUAUUGUUCGCGCGGCGCUGCCAGAGAAAAGUCGGGCACCGCUUGGUGAGCCUGGGAAGAGGUUUGCUCAUGAGCAUUACUCUUGUGAUUCGUCUACUGCGCAGGAUGUGUUGGGUAUGAUGUUCAAGAGUCUCAGGGAGUCGAUCGUUCCUCUCGCCGAGCAGUUAUAUGAGAUGGAGAAGAAGGAGAAGGAGUCAGAGAGGAAGACUUGA